GUCGCGGGUCCCCUCCGUCAAAGAGGUUGACUACCGGUUGAAGAGUGUCAGGAUGGUGUGCACGUCGCGACACUAUAGAAUCGCGUUCGAUUGAAACCGAGGAAAACGUCGCGCGCGCGCCUUGGCUCCUCCUUUUCUUGUUUCGGCGCGUCGAAAAGGAAGAAAAGGAACCAAGCAGAAAAAGAAAGAAACAGAGAGUAAUUCGUCGUUCAAUUUGUGUACAGUGCUGGCAGCAAUUCGCGCGGAUGCAACCAUGCUACGAGGCAAGAUGACAAUCACGCUGCUCUGCGUCCUGUUGAUCGGACAUCAAGUUCACGCAGUGGUUAACAAAGCGCAAUCGCAAUCGCUGGCCAACAAGGAGAAAGAGAAUCCGAACGAAAUUAAGGCUGACGAAAGAAUAAGUAAUUACGGUCCACCUUCCGAUGAUUACGGGCCACCAAUUGGAUCAAAUAUUAAAGGACCAGUGCCGGUUUACGGUCCACCAGAGUUAACAGGUGAUCAAGGACCAACACCCAUAUACCCGCCGCCACCACCAGAUCUUCCACCACCCAUCUACGGUCCACCAUUAGCUUCAUACGGGCCACCACGGAAUAUUAAACCGCUUCACGGUCCACCAAAACAAAGUUUCGGCCCUCCUCUGUCUCCUUUGUCAUCGAAGCUAAACUUCGGCUCGUUGAAACUUCACUAUGGACCACCAAAGCAAUACCAUGGACCGCCAUAUUCGUUCGGUUCGUUCAGACUGCCGAAACCUCAGUACGGUCCACCAUUGAAAUUCACAUCCAAUCAAUACAUAGCGGUAGGAUCCUCCGGUCUUGGACCAACAAACCCGGCGCACGGACCUGCUAUCCCAGUGCCUUUCGAUACCUACGGUGUGCCUCCGCAAAAACUGGCUGUUCAGUUUAGUUCGCAAUCGAGCGGCAACUACGGACCACCUCCACCGCCAUCGCUUGGAGUGGUACCUGAAUCACAAUAUGGACCACCUGAUCUGUACAGACCGCCAGUUCCUCCGCCAGGCGUGCCAGCACCACCUACUCCACCCGACAUAAAGUACGAUGGUUGGCAACCAAUUGCUGGAUUGGGCAAUCAACAGCCUACGAAUAUUUACGGACCUCCAUCCGAGGAGCAGAGGAUUAUAGACGGUUCAUCCUUGGAUUUACAGCGUCCGCAGUCUACGAACAACGUCGUUGAGAAUCCGAACGUGCCGAGCGAUUCGUACGGCGUACCGAUUCACAGUCCCGAGGCACAGGACUUGAAGACCUCGGUGAGAUCUGGUUCUAACGACAAUAAAGGAUUGCCGCCACCCCCGUUGCCGGAAUACGAACCGUUUCACAACGAAAGCCCGCCAAAGAAGGAACCCCAGAAUGAUAUCCAAGGUGGGAUUAAUUUACAGUACGAAGUGCCAAAGGUAGAACCACUUUCAGUCGUGAAAACAGUUGGAUUCGAGUUACUGCCUACGAAUCCGUCUCUAACCUCGGACCUUACCGCUGGAUUGCCGACGUUGAAAUUACCCCUGCUUGAUGCCGGUGUCAAUUCGAAUUUUGGUAGCUCUCACGCGUUUCAAAAUCUAGGAAACGAUCUGUCGCUGUCGUUAAACGGACCUUCCAAUAGCUACGGCCCACCGCCGUUAUCAGGCGUUUCGUUUGGAAAGUUGAAUCCCAUUGAGUCGGGUAUUCCUUUGCCACCACCUCCCGCGCUCGAUUCCUAUGGUGCACCUCCUUCAUCAUCAUACUCAUCAAAUGGUCCUUAUCCAGCUGCCGAGGCAGGUCGAGCAUCCUCGUUUUCCUCCGUCGGACUACACGGCAACGUACUUUUCAAGCAAACUCUGCAACACUAUCAUCCCCCUGGAUCCUUCAGACAUCCACUUGCACCUCCAGGUACCCUGAUUCCGCCAAGGAAUCGCGAGCCGAUCAAAUUCAAAGAAUCCAUUCCCAGCGGACUUUUGACUAACCUUAAUCGCUACUUGCCACCGCCGAGACACGCGGAGCUAGCCGCUAAAGCGCCAAAAACUUACCUCUCGCCAUUUUCGUUCGAGCAACAGUUACCCAUCCAUAACGCUCCAGUCGCUUUCAAGAAAUUGCCUAGCGUCAGCUUGAACUCACCAAUGGCGGCACCGAACGCUCACUAUGGAACGCCAUUGUCAUUCGGUGAUUUUAACACACCAGCGCCGGUGUUGACGUACGGGGCGCCUAACUUUGGUCCCGCUUCUUCCUUCGUCUCCAGCUCCGCCGGCUUUGGCAGCAAUUUAUACGACGGCAUCAGCAACGCUGUUACCACCACGUACGGCACUCCGGUUGUGAAUUUCCCGUUGUCGACAGGUGGUGGACACGAUUGCGGCCUCCAGCAAACGGCACCUGGCACGCGGUACAGCUUCGAAGAUCUCGGAAGUCACUCGUUGAACGUCGGCCCGAGUUUCGGCGCGGCACUCCCCGCCGGACUGAAUCAGAAUUCGCUUUUCAAAGUCGACUCGUUGUCGAACGUGUUGAGCGGGCUGGAUAACACGCAGUCGGUCGGCCAGCUGAGCCUGCAGAACUUCGAUCAGCCUAAAACGAAUCUGAAGGACAGCUACGGCAGUUCGAUAGGCGUGAGUUACGCCGCUCCUGAGAGCUCCGACAACGUCGUGUCCAGUGAUCACAGUCAAUCGACCGAUGUGGCGAACGUGCUCUCGGCACCACCGGCCGUACAAUCUCAGGACUCGUUCUCCUCGAACGUUCAAUUCCAACGAGAGAACAACGGGAUCAGAGCCGAAGCUUUGACCGCGGGCCUGGACCUAAGUCAAGCGAAGAACCUAGCCGCGAACGAGGUGGAUGCUAGUCAAUUUCUGACCACUCACGAGGGCAGCGAAGCUCUGUCCUUGGUGAAGGGAUUGAACGGGGACGGUUUCGAGGUUCAGGGCUCCAAGGGGACGUACACGUUGCAAAUCCAAGCUGCCGACGGAGGAUUAGGGACGGAGAAUUCGGAUGGCAGCAUCAGACACGAUCAGGUGCUGUCUAACGGUCUCUUGCAAGAUAUACUCGCGGCCAUCGAACAGCCUGAACAGGGGCAGAUACAAGUUCACGGCCAGCCGGAGGAACAACAGUUGCAACACGUGUAUAGUAAUUUACCACAGGCUGGCGAUACGGAAGUCCCUAAAGGACAUUACAUCACUGUGGAACAGAAUGAUCGGAGGAAAGAUUCCAACGCGUUGCUCGGACAACCUGGUGACAACACCGAGGCUGAAUCGAACAGAGAAAUAUCCACGAAGAAGGAAGGUGUCGCUCUCUUCUUCAACAGUCAGUACGGUGACUCGAGGAAGGAGAUAAGAUCGGUGACGAAAAACGAGAACGUGGCGGCUGUUCGUUCGGACGAUGGGAAGAAUGCUAGCGAGACAAAGUCCUCUUAAAUCGUCUCGUUCGUUUCGAAAAUACUUUCGUCGAUAGAUUUGCUGGUGAUGUAUGAUAAUUUAUACAACGAACGAGCUUUCGUUUUUUUUCUUUUUUUUUUUUUUUGCAUUAUCAAGUUAAGGUUCACCAAGUGCCGCCACGAUACUACGAGAUGAUUAAGAUGGAAACAUUAAAAUUGUUUCGCGUAGAGGUUAUUGAUUAAAGUCAUUAAGCUAAAGACUAUAUUUAAUUACGAAAUAUUUAAAUUUUAUAUGAUAUAUGGAUGUUAUAGUUACAAACGUUGACGUUCGAUUGUCUGCGUCGGAUUGAUAGAUUCACAGUCUACUAAGUGAACUUGAAUUAUUCUUCGGGUCAUGAUGGUUGUUGUACUGAUCGUCAAUGACAUCUUUACAUUUCAUUUCAGAGUAUGUCAGAAUCGUGAGCAAGUCACGGUUUGCAUAACAUUUUCGUUUCCCUCUUCGCCGAGAAACGCAAAAUAAUGUUCGUUUUUCGACAAAUACGAAGGUGAUGCAAUAAUUAUUCGUAACGUAAUUGUAAAAUUUAUUAGAUAAACUUAUUAGAAACUUAGAUAAAUUUAUUAAAUAAAAAUAGAG